CUGUUGCUUAUCUUGAUUGCUAAAGGAUACACCGUCACUCGCGCUCGCUUGAGACCUGUCACCAGUCUUAAAAUUGCGGUCUUUACUUGUUUUUACUUCUUUGCUUAUUUUGGACUUUACGCCAUGCAAGAACUGAUCUAUGACCCGCGUGAUGUUGUUAACAAAUAUGAUUCGUUUGCCGGACUUGGAAUUAUCGUCUUGCAUUUUAUCGGACUGGCGUGGAUGUACUACGCUUGUUUCUUCACCAUCAAACAUUACCGCGGGAAGGCUGUGUUCUACAUUCCUUUCAUCAGUAUCUUUACACUCUGGUUUCUGGCUAGUCCCAUCAUCAUCUGGAUGUCCAAUAAUUUCCUUGCAAAAUGGGAACGAGCUAAAAUCGUUAAUGGAUUUGAGAUGACUGUAAUGUUUUAUGGACAUGUGGUAUUUCUUCUAUUGACCCGACCUGAUGCCAACAACCAAUACUUUCCAUUCCAUCUGAAAGUAAACAUGGUUGGAAUAAUGAAUGAUGACGAUGUUGUUUGCGAUGAAGAAAAACCCAAACCACCAAUGUUUUCAUCAUUGUUCAAUGCCUCCCAAGUUAAAUACGUAAUGGACUCUGAAUGCCAAGAAACUAUUUAUGAAUCACCGGUCGUACCAAUCAACUUCAACAGGCAUACCUCUAACGAGGAUGUUGCAGUGGACAACUUGCCUUCAUCUGGGACUGUCAAACUCUGCCUGUCUGACAAAGAGGCAGAUCUUCUACCCAAAGGCCGCUUUAUCCUAGUCAAAGCCUUUGUUGAGGAUAACUGAAUUCAUAAUAAUUUAUAGAGAAGUUUUUUAUUAUAACACUGGGGAAUUUAUGCAUUCAUUUGCAGCAAUUUGGAAUUCACGUAUUACUCUCAGUCUAUUGAAUGUAUCUGACUUAUUUAAAUAAAAAUUUAUCUGACUCAAAAAAUAUUGUUGAAAUA